UCAUUCAUAUCCCGGGAAUGAUUUGGAUCGGCAACCACUCCCUCCGCGUGCUGCCGCGGUGGCCGGAGCAGCCGCGGUGCCUACUUAUUCGUGCUCCCCGUCCCUGCUACUACCACACCUCAACCCACUGACCGCGUACAUCUCUUGCAGCGACAAUGGAGCUCACUCUCAGACCCCUCGCUGCCAUGUGCAUCCUGCUCGCCACCGUCGUCGCCGCGCCGGCGGCGGCCACGGAGGUGGAGGUGGAGAUCGAGAAGACGCUUGCCCAGUCCUCCUACAUCGUGCACGUCGCGGCGGCGCACGCGCCACGGCUGCCGCGCCGCGGCCUGCUGACCACCCGGGCGUACGGCUCCUUCUUGCGCGACCACAUCCCCGUCGAGAUGUCCAGCCCGGCGCCGAGGGUGCUCUACUCCUACUCGCACGCCGCCACGGGCUUUGCUGCGCGCCUCACGGUGCGCCAGGCCGCGCGCCUCGCUUCCUCGGGCUCCGUGCUUGCCGUGGUGCCCGACGUGAUGCAGGAGCUGCACACCACCCUCACGCCGUCCUUCCUCGGCCUCUCGCCAUCCUCCGGGCUGCUCCCGGCGUCUAACGGUGCCACCGACGUCGUCAUCGGGGUCAUCGACACCGGCGUGUACCCGGAAGGCCGCGCAUCCUUUGCCGCCGACCCGUCGCUCCCGCCGCCGCCCAGCAAGUUCCGUGGCGGGUGCGUCUCCGGACCGUCGUUCAACGGCUCCGCGCUCUGUAACAACAAACUCGUCGGCGCCAAGUUCUUCCAUAGCGGGCUGGAGGCUGCACGCGGCCGUGCGCUCGCCGAUGACUUGGAGUCGCCGCUCGACACCAACGGCCAUGGCACCCACACCGCCUCCACCGCCGCCGGCUCUGCUGUUGCAGACGCCGCCUUCUUCAACUACGCCAGAGGAAAAGCCGUCGGCAUGGCCCCGGGCGCGCGCAUUGCCGUCUACAAGGCAUGCUGGGAGGAAGGGUGCGCGAGCUCUGACAUCCUCGCCGCAUUUGAUGAGGCCAUCGCGGACGGUGUCGACGUUAUCUCUGUCUCCCUCGGCGCCGUAGGCAAUGCCCCGGAAUUUUAUGACGACACGACCGCCGUGGGCGCGUUCCGUGCGGUCAGCAAGGGCAUCGUCGUCUCCGCCUCCGCGGGAAACUCUGGUCCCGGAGAUUCCACCGCAUGCAACAUAGCGCCAUGGUUCUUGACCGUCGGCGCGUCCACACUCAACCGCCAAUUCCCAGCCGACGUCAUCCUCGGCAACGGCGAGACCUUCACGGGCACUUCUCUCUACGCCGGCGAGCCGCUCGCCGCUAACAAGAUACCAUUAGUCUACGGGGGAGACGUGGGCUCGAAAGUGUGCGAAGAAGGGAAGCUCAACGCCACCAUGGUAGCCGGGAAGAUCGUCUUGUGCGACCCCGGCGUGAACGCCCGGGCAGCGAAACCAUAUGCCGUCAAGCUCGCCGGUGGCGCCGGAGCAAUCCUCGCUAGCACCGAAGUAUACGGCGAGCAAGCCAUCAGCAGCCCCCAUGUCCACCCCGCCACGGCCAUCCCAUUUGCUGCCGCCGAAAAGAUCAGGAAGUACAUAACCAUGCAAAAUUCCCCAACCGCUACAAUCGUGUUCCGCGGCACCGUCGUCGGCCCGACGCCUCCAUCCCCUAGAAUGGCGGCCUUCUCGAGCCGCGGCCCGAACUUCCGUGCGCCGGAGAUCUUCAAGCCGGACGUGACCGCACCGGGCGUGGACAUCCUCGCUGCUUGGACAGGCGCCAACUCACCCACGGAGCUGGACGGUGACACGAGGCGGGUGCAGUACAAUAUCAUAUCGGGCACAUCCAUGUCAUGCCCGCACGUGAGCGGCAUUGCCGCACUGCUCCGACAGAACAGGCCAGAGUGGAGCCCCGCCACGAUCAAAUCCGCCCUGAUGACCACCGCGUACAACGCGGACAACGCCGGCGGCGUCAUCGGUGACAUGUCGACCGGCGACGCGUCCACGCCGUUCGCGCGCGGGGCCGGACACAUCGACCCCAACCGCGCCGUCGACCCGGGGCUCGUGUACGACGCCGGCGCGGAGGACUACAUCACCUUCCUGUGCGCGCUGGGCUACACGGCCGAGCAGGUCGCCGUGUUCGACUCCUCCACCAACUGCUCGACCCGCGCGGGCUCCUCCGCCGGCGACCACAACUAUCCGGCCUUCUCGGUGGUGUUCACUUCGAACAAACUGGCGGUCGUCAGGCAGCGCCGCGUCGUGCGCAACGUCGGCGGUGAUGCCAGGGCUACGUACAGGGCCAAGGUCACUGCCCCGGACGGCGUGCGCGUCACGGUGAUCCCCCGGACACUGCGGUUCAGCGCGACACAGAAGACAAGAGAGUACGUGGUCACCUUUGCACAGCGAAUCUUCGGGAGCGUCACGAAAAAUCAUACAUUUGGGUCGAUCGAGUGGAGCGACCGCAAGCACUCGGUGAUGAGCCCCAUCGCCAUCACCUGGCCAGAGAGCCAGGUUGCGGACAUGUGAAUGUGAUCAGUGUCGGGCAGAUAGUUUUCUCCAUCAGAUUCAGGUCAUGCUUCUUUGUUUCCCGCACAUAUCUAUCUUUGGAUGCUUAUUGGUGACGAGGAGCUAGCUCGGCGUAAGCUAUGGAGCUCGUCCAUGAUCAGCCCUUCAACAUGCUUGCACUGUCUUCUACGGGGAAAUGAUAGUGUUGAUGUAAUAGUAGUAUUUUGCUUAUUAUUUCUGUGUGAGAGGGUCUAAAUUGUAGAUAGUAUCAAAUGAGUUUGUUUCAAUUCUUUAUUUCUUGUUGUGUUUCCGCAUCAUUGUUUUUGCGAAG